AUGCGCCUCGGUAUCGCGCUCUACUACAUCGGCGCGGACCCCGCACACUGGGCGCUCGUCCUGACCCCGUCUGACUGGCACGCCCCGCGGUGCAGCGUCUACCAGAUCGUGCGCAUCAGCGGCGACCGCUGGCGGCAGCACCUCAGCAUCGUCCCCCUUCCCAAUGCGCCUGAGUUCCGCGGGAUCAUCGAGCUCAUCGCUGCCGACGAUCUACCUGGGCCGGAAAGUCAGCCGUAUCCCUGGGACGACUCCACAGACGACGAGUCCGCACGGCUAUGGGAGGUGUGCGACCGGGUCAUCCGCGAGCAUGCCAAGGACGCGAACGAGCCGGCGAAGAGGAAAGUUAUACCUGGGCCUCAUGGCUGGACAUGUGCGGCCUGGGUAUUGGAUGUAUUGAUGGAUCUGGAGGAUAUUGGGAUCUUUGACUUGCCAUCCGAGAUAACAUGGGCAAGCAUUUACAGCGACGUAGUGGCGAAGGGAUGGAUUUUGCGCGAUUUGUACGAGGACGCAAGACCAUUCCCGGUGCUGAGACUGGGUCUUUCUUAA